CGUCGGCCGGCUUCGCGCCGCGGAGCACGGGCGGCCCCGGAAGGCGGAUGUGGUUCCGGGUGGCGCGGCGCCAUGGAUUCGCUGUGGCGGCUGAAGCGGUUCGAUGCCUUCCCCAAGACCCUGGAAGAUUUUCGGGUCAAAACGUGCGGGGGCGCGCUGGUGACGGUUGUCAGCGGGCUCAUCGUGGUGCUGCUUUUCUUCUCGGAGCUGCAGUACUACCUCACCAAAGAGGUUCACCCGGAAUUGUACGUUGACAAAUCGAGGGGAGAUAAACUGAAGAUCAACCUGGACGUUAUUUUCCCACAUAUGCCUUGUGCUUGUGAGUCAGAUUUCUGAAUGUUGGGGAUAGUUUUCCUACUUGCCAAGGGCCCGAGAGGCUCAGUGUAGCAUGGUGCUUCCAAGUGCUGCUUGGGCCAUGGACAGAGAGGAAUUGAUGAUCCCUUGUGGUUAUGCAGAGAUUCCAGCCAGGCCUGCUGGGCAUUCAAGCAGCGCUUCCAAGUCAGGCAGCAUUACUUUUCGAGUUUA